AUGGAAAACCUAACAUUUAAUAGUCCUGUUUUGCAGCUGGAAGGACUGCUUGUCUCUGAACAAACUCUGUAUCCUACAUUUUUGUUUUUCCUAAUUGUGUUUGUGCUCAUUGUGGUAUCUAACACUGGAAUCAUUUUGCUUAUAUCUAUGGAAAGAAGCCUACACGAACCUAUGUACAUUCUCUUCUGCAACCUUCCUUUUAACGAUGUGUUUGGAAACUUCAUCAUUGUCCCGCGGUUAAUGGUGGAUAUUUUUAGGCCAACGUCUGAGCGCUACAUCAGUUACACUGAUUGUGUUAUUCAAGCUUUCUGUUACCACAUGCAUCUUGCUGCUUCUCACACUGUACUCAUGGUUAUGGCCUUUGACAGAUAUGUUGCCAUAUGCAAUCCACUGCAUUACACAACUGUCAUGACUACCAAAAUGGUGGCUAAACUGACUGCAUCAGCCUGGGGUGUAGCGCUGGUCUGUGUGAGCAUAUUGUUAGCUCUGACAAUAAGGCUGAAUCACUGUCGAACACUGAUAGAAAAUCCAUUCUGUGAUAAUGCAUCACUGUUCAAACUGGCAUGUGAGAAUCCUUACAUUAAUAAUGUAUAUGGCCUGGUGUAUACUAUAGUUUUAAAAGGAUCUUCCAUGGGAUGCAUUGUAAUUACAUAUGCAAAAAUAACAGCUGUCUGCCUCACUACUAAAAGCAAAACUCUGAACAGCAAGGCUUUGAAAACCUGCAGCACACACUUGACUGUCUAUAUGAUCAUGUGGGUGUCUGGGUUCAUCAUGAUCAUACUCCAUCGUUUCUCUGGUUAUGCAGACUACAGGAAAGGAGCUGCUCUGCUUAAUCACAUUAUCCCAGGCAUUCUGAACCCUGUCAUAUAUGCUUUGCAGACUAAAGACAUUAGACAGGUUAUGCUGAAGAUUCUGCAUUCAAAUAAUGUAACGCCAUGA